ACCAACCCGCCCCCCCCUCCCGCCCCGUUCCCCACUCCCGCCCCGCACACACGCCUGCCUCUGGGAGGGAAAUAGCCAGGUGGAAUCUCACUCUGUUUCCAUGGACAACCCGUCCAUUAUCACCCAGGUGACUAACCCCAAAGAGGAGGAGAUCCUGUCCUGCACUCAGGAUAAAGUGUCCCAAUGUAAUAUCAGCUUGAAGAAGCAGAGGAGUCGAAGUAUCUUUAGCACCUUAUUCUGCUGCUUUCGUGACUACAAUGUCGAACCACCAUCUACCAAUAGCACCAGUGCUCUGCCUCCUUUGGUGGAGGAGAAUGGAGGACUUCAGAAGGGUGACCAGAUGCAGGUCAUGCCUAUACCAAGUCCACCAGCUAAAUACCUCCUGCCAGAACUGACAGCAUCAGACUAUGGGAAGAAGUGUGUGGUCAUUGAUUUAGAUGAAACUUUAGUGCACAGUUCAUUUAAGCCAAUUAGCAAUGCUGAUUUCAUCGUUCCUGUCGAAAUCGAUGGAACCAUACAUCAGGUUUAUGUUUUGAAACGACCACAUGUGGAUGAGUUUCUUCAGAGGAUGGGAGAGCUCUUUGAAUGUGUACUCUUCACAGCCAGUCUAGCCAAGUAUGCAGACCCAGUGGCCGACUUACUGGAUCGCUGGGGUGUGUUCAGGGCAAGGCUCUUUAGAGAAUCCUGUGUUUUCCACCGAGGAAAUUAUGUGAAGGAUCUGAGUCGACUGGGACGUGAGCUGAGUAAAGUUAUUAUAGUAGAUAAUUCUCCUGCAUCUUACAUCUUCCAUCCUGAAAAUGCAGUGCCUGUGCAGUCCUGGUUUGAUGACAUGACAGACACAGAGCUGCUAGAUCUUAUUCCUUUCUUUGAAGGACUAAGCAAAGAGGAAGAAGUUUACAGUAUGCUUCAUAAACUCUGCAACAGGUAGCCCUUAACUUUGACUGACUUCUGCUACUAGAUUGCAGUUGCUAGAGACUGUCUCCAUCUUUUUCAGCUCUUUCAAAUGUAAGCUUUGGGGAGGUCACCCCUGUCAGAAGUGCUACUCUUGAUCUUCCUGUUACAUUGGACACGAAGGACAAUCAUGAGUGAUGCUCUUAAGCCUUCAGAAGCCUGACUCCUAAGGUCAUGUGUUCAGACUACUUUUUUAAAGGAAAAAAAAAAAAGAAGCUAUUUUAAGUGGGACUCUUUUAAUUAAUUUCAUAAAUGGACAUCUUUUACUGGAUCAGCUUUUCUUAAAACAUGCCAAAAAAAAAAAGAAGCUUGUAUUUCAGCAGUUGAAUUUCUCUCCCUUUCUUCCCCUCCCACUAUGCAGACAAUUUUACCCCCCUGCUUAGAGCAGUUGACCUGACUCUGAAUUUUUUCUUACAGAAUGAAGUGCCUUUUUGAAUGUUAUUUUAAGAUAAAAAAAAUUCAUUUUUGUAUAAGACGUAUUUCCAGACAUCUUUUAGUCUUGUAUUGUCUAAAUGCUUUAAAAGGAAAAAGGAAAAAAAUUUUAUAGAGCACUGUAAUAUAUAACAAAGGAAAAAAGUUGAAACCAAGAUGCUGGGUUCCUGUCUCCACAGUGACAUUUAAGUUGCAUCACACUUUGCCACGCUCGGAAGGUUCGGGCGUUUCGUGGGAGGGGUGAAUUGGGUUCAUUACAUGGUUGUUUCACCGAUGAUGAUUUCGGGCACAGUUUGGAACAUAUCUGCAGUUGUUCUGAGUGUCAGGGAAUGAUGGAAUGGAGAAAACAAGGUGGCUGAUAGACCUAAAGCACCUUCUCUUGUAGACAGAUGAAAUUCUGUUGUCUCUGCUUACGCACAACUGCCAUGCCUCUCGAUUUUCGGAAAACCAUUAUCUUGGGAGAACGGGGAGGAGGAGAUCUAUUUAUUAGUUUAAGAUUCUUUUCUUAAAACAGCCCGUCUGGGUAAGCUGGAUCUGUGUUGAGCUGUUUGGAGUACUUUUUUCUUUUAAUUGCUGCUACUGUAUACUCACCAAAUGGAGUUGACCAUCGGCUGUUAUACUGUUUUUGCCACUGUGCCUGUGCUAUGAAACAUUUUCUGUAAGCUGCAAACUUGGGCAAUAAAUAAAAUGCAGGCUUCAUAACCCACCCCCAUGGAUUAAUCCAAUGGUAUCUGAAAUACCAGAGAACUCAGUUAAAGGUGACCUGUAAAGGGCAUUUUUUUAAAUUUUUUAUUUUUUUUUCAAUUGGGGUGAAGCCCUCUCCUUUUGUUGGUAUAUAAAAAUGCAAAAAAGCAUUUUGCUCACAUCUCUGAUUUGUAUUUCUUUUUCCCCCAAGCUGUAAGGUACAGAUUGGGAGCUGUAUCGAGCUUUGCUAGAAGGGCACAAGUUACUAGCCUAGACUAAAAUGGCUCCUCUGGCUUUGGAGUUGAGUUAGACUCAUCUCUGAGUCUGAGAACCUGCUUAGCAUCUUCUGCAGUGUCAGAGGUGCUUUUUCAGUUGAAUAACUUUUAAACAUUUUAAGCCUUUGAAGAAAAGGCACGCCUCUUCUUUCUUACUUUUUCUCCCCCCUUUCCAGCGUCACCUUUUAAUUAUCCUCCACCCCAGAAAUCUGCAAACAUAAAAAAGUGCAGCUGUGUUUGGCUGUCAUCAGAGAAGACUAAAUGGACUAUUCGGUGCUUCUGAUUAGCCUCGUGCUAAAUUCUGAAUUGCAGAUCCCCUUUGCCUUUUCUGUUUCUUUCGAAAAGUCUCGAAGACUUGAGGGGGAAAAAAAACCAAAAAAAAGACAAAAAACAACUUUUUUGCAAUGGACUUGGCUUGUGAUCCUCGUCUAAAAUCAUUGGUGAAGCAGCUUAACAACGUUCAUAGAAGGGCAGGCAGUGAGUAGGUUGUAGGUACAGUAUAAAAGUGAGCAGCUGUGCUCCAGCUGUGGCUGCACCCAGGGGUGUUGGAGGCAGUCCCGUCACACUCUGUGUGAGUCUGUAAUGGCAUCACCGUUUUGUUUCUUACCAGCUGGCAUUACCUUAGUACUGUACAAUUCCGUGCCACAACGAAAGACAAAACCGUCAAAUCUAAAAUUUAAAAAAAAACAAAACAAAAAAAAAAUCAAAAAAAAAAAGCGCCUACUUUGUUUGAAAAAAAAUCGGGGGGGAAAAAAAAAAAGAGAGACGUAUGGAUUCUGGUUAGUCCAUUAACGUUCCCUUUCGGUUUCAGAUUGUUUAAUUUUGUAUUUGACUUCAGAGUAACGAAAACCCCUUAAGCUGCCAAAAAAAAAAAAAAAAAAAAAGAAAGAAAGAAAAAGUUGUUCUCUGAGCAGUAUUUUUUCAACUGCGUUUUGCGGCUUCUGGGCUUCAAAUGCAGUUUGCAGGGAAGUAUUCAGGUUGUAGUUAGUCGUGCAGGUAUGAGAGGAAUGGCUGAAAAAAAAACAAAAAAACAAACUCAAAGACUUUCUCGAAAGCAUUAGACCAAACAGACAAUAAAUAACCCACCGUGGUGACCUGUUGUACGUGAGACAAACCAUGCCAUCCGUUUGCAUCUCUGAAAGCAGCGAUUUCAUGAACCAGUUGCCUUAAGUCUGUGAAUGAAUGUUGACUAUUAAAAGUGUCUUGUAUUGUUCUAAAAUCCACAUAGAACGGGCAACUGAACUUCUGCACCAGCUUCUGCAGGAAGGGUUCUGAUGAUGUUCUGUACAAACCGUACUUAACACUGUAUUAUUUUGGCUCUUGAAAUCCACAAAUUUUAAAAAAAAAAACAAACAAAAAACCAACCCAAAUUAUUUUAAUAAGUUAGUUUUAGUAAAGCAUUAAAAUAACAUUUUGUGACAAAGGCAAAAAACUUAGCCACAGCUUUGAUCUCUUAAUAUUAAGAGUAUUUUCUGUAAGUUUUGAGUAAUUUAGUAAUUUUUUUAUUUUUUAACCCACUUGGAGUGCUCUGCAAUCAGGUUUGGACUCCCCUGUGUAUUCAGAUUGGACCAGAGGGAUCAAACUGUCCUAGUUGGUUAUUUUGACACUUAUCAUCGUACUUGAAAUUUCAAGUGUUGAGUUUUGCGUGGAUAUACAUACGCUCUAUAUUUAGUUUCUAGAUUGUAACAAAGCAAUAUAGUUCUGUCCAUACAGUCAGAUAAUGGAAUGUCUGUAAAAUUUGCAAUACGGGUAUUUGAUUGUAUUUUAAAUACAAGAGUUUAAAAACUAAAAUAGGAAAAAAAAAAAAAACUUGUUUCCUAAAUCUCUUGCAUAUUUUGAAGUGCAGUUAGUGCAUGCAGGUCACCAGGGCUGUUAUAAACCCUGGCUUUCAAUUUUAUUAUUUCUGGAUAUUAUAGAAGUUAUUAAAAAGUCUUUUCCAGUUGGUCAUCCUGUUCAGCUAAAGAGAUGCUGCCUGGCCUGAAGUUCUGUUGUCCUUUUUAUGUCGGGUUAAAAACGGUUUUUUGCCUGUAUAGGUAUUUUUGAAUUAAGCUGUAAGGCAGAAUUGCCUUAGAUUCUUUAAAUUCAGCUGAGGUGUUAACGAUUAAAUUGCCAUUUGUAAACUAGGGCUGUGCGCAGAGUCCUUGUUAAGGACCACCAGGAAGCGUGGCAGGCUUGGAAUGGGAGAUGGUAGCAAAAUGUACAAUAUUGCUGUGUUCAUUUAGGUAGCUUUGGAAGAGUAAUUUGUCUCUUUGUUUUGCCCUUUUGAUCUUUAUUAUUAAACAGCGAAGUUCUACAUGGAGGAAGCUCAACAUCUGGAGACAUUUGGUUGUCAGUGUACGCAAAUCACUUUCUUACAGCAUGAUUUUGAUUAGACUGGUUGGGGACAAUAAAGUAUCUAAAUGACACUGGUGUGUGCUGUAUGUUGCAGCUUUUGAAAUUUCAGUGUAUCAAAAAAAAAAAAAAGUAAAGUAAUUAUAUAAGUUCUGGAGACGUAAAUCCUCUGUUUUACAGGUUGUUUUUAACCUAAAUAAACCACAGUACCGCACAGCCCUAUUUGUAAAACAGAAACAAGUUUGUGCCUCUGAUUUCCAAGGUGCUGUGAUGUUUUGCCUUUGUGGGGCGAGGAGGGGGCAGGUGAGACUGGCGUGGGGCAAUUGCUUCAGAAUCUCUGGGUAACUAUGCAAAACCAGCUGUCAGUUUUCUGUUUCCCAUGGUAUUGUAAAAUCCCAGCUGACUCUCUUUUAUUUCUUGUUAAAGGUCUAUUGGGAACUCCUUAACGGAGGAGUAAGCAAUGGAAAUGUUUCUUUCUUUCUUUUUUUCCUUCUUCUUUUUUUUUUUCUUAUGAUGGAGCUGUUUACACUUUGAUGCAAUGAACAAUCCAGCAAUACUUGAGAAACACUACAGACGCCAUAUGAGUGUUUGCAGGAGAGAGAAGUGUUGUCAAUCAGGUAUUGAAUGGUUUCUUUACUGUCACAAAUAAAAAAUUUUAACAAUAUAGUUACUUGUGCAUGUAAUACUUCUCUGGGAAAAAGAAAUUCUGCACUUCUUCAGCAAAAGGCACUGCCCUAAUUUGUCAGGGACAUUAUUCCUGCUAGUGCACAUCCAUGUUAAAUCAUAAAAUCAUCCAUCUAUGUCCAACCCUCUUUCCCCUCUCCUCUUUUUAAGUCGUGUGCAGGACUCCUCAGUGCCUGCCCUGGCACCUGCUUGUGCAAACAGAGCUGAUGAACUACUGUUGAACUCUGCUAAAUAAAUUGGUGGCGACUCCUGCAGAUGUUCCAGCUAUUUAGAUCUCUUGGAUGAGAUCAUACAAUAAUUUGUUCAAGUCUCAAAGCUGUGUGACUUCUUUUGAAGGGCUUACUUCAGCUACUUGAAUAGCUGUUCUUAACAUCACUGCCAUAUCCACAUGAAUAUCUGAAUAAAACACUUUAUUUGGUUGGAAAAUCUAUUUUGGGACUUUUUAUCUGACACAAUAAGACUUAGGCAGAGCCUUCCUUUCUAGGAAAAGGCACAUAUUAUUGACGCUUUAUGAGCAGAAAACCUCAGGCCUGUUGGAAUAAGCAGCUGGCUCAAGAUAGCACACUAGUUGCAAUUAAAAAUGUUUUUUAGUUAGUCCUGUGAUCAGUUGGAAUGACUAGACUGCCUUUACUUUGUACUGGUGAGUCAGGGGGUUAAUUUCUAAAAAUUUUUUUUUUUAGGUUUGUUUUUGGGGGGAUUUGUUUAGGGGAUUUUUUUUUUUUUAGUUUUACCAGUCUCCUUAGCUGCUACUUAGGAUAAAGAUGCCUUUCUUUUUUUUUCACUCAGUAAAACAAGUGUCUCAAAAUUCAUAAAACAGCUCAUUUAUAGCAGUGAGAAAGAUCCUUGUUCUGUCCUGACUGAUUAAAACCGAGCACACCCUAAUCUAUGUACUUAAACACCUUCCCAUGUUUUUCCCCCAUUUCAUUGUGUUUUUGACUCAGAAGGAAGGCCAACCACUCUGAAAUCCCCUGCAGGAUGGGAUAGGGCCUCUUCCAGGUGGGCUGCACUCCAGGGGAUCCUGCAGUCUCCAGCAGUUUUCCUGGCAAGCCACCCUCGCCAUCCAGACUUCCCCUCAGCCCAGCUACCCUGGCAGGAGACCAGGCAAAGCUCUCCUGGACUCCUCUGGUUCCACUGGAGCUACUGGUACAUAAAUGAUCUGUAGGUAAUAUAUUGGUUUGGACAGGUUGGCAGACUCACACUUGGGAAGCUUCCAGGAGUGUUUUGUUGGGAAGGAGCUGUGCUGAGGAGCCGGGUUCUCCGUAAUUGGCCGAUACCACUUAACGGGCAUUUCUGAAGCCCGGGACACACGCAGAUGGGUUUGACUCCAUAGGGCAGGUCUCUGCAUCGGCAGUUACACACUUUCCCAGGUUCAAAAGCAAUUAGAAGGGUUAGAUUUGGUCAUUGCUUGGAUCAGCAGCAUUACUGGGUUUGGGAGGCACUGGCCAUGUCUGUGUCCCCUGGGCCUCGGUGGACCCGUCGUAGCUCCCACCGCUCUUCUCUGCGCACCCGACAGCCUUUAAUUUUGGAACAGCCCCUUUGCUUGAGGGAUGUAAACACACUUGAUCAGGAUGGAAAUUGCAGGAAAACGCUGGACAAAGAAAGGCAGCGCAGCUGGCACCCGCCAGCCUUGGCCAUCGUCUCGGGCUGGACUCCAGCAAGGACAAGGCUGCUGCUGCUCGAAGGCGAACGGAGGAGUCACCGCUCAGCCAGAAACACGUCACCCCCUCGCAGAACCUCUGUUCUCCCAGAUAACGAGGGUUGAUCGUUUUGUCCCUACAAACGCGAUGUCACCGCCUCAGAAUUCCCGGCGUUUCAAUAAAUGUUGCACUCCAAGGCUCGGAGGAGUUGCUGGCUUGACAAUGGGUUGUUUUCUUUUGUCCGAUUUUAAUGAGCUUUUGUGAUGAAAACCAAAUUUCCUUACGGUGUAACCUUGUGAUUUUAUUUUUUUUUUCCACGCUUUGAUUCAGUUUGACAAUAAACUGUCUGUGUUAUUUUU